UAAAAUUGUAUGCGUUCUUUAAAUAAAAAUGUUUCGGGUUUCUUUGUCGCUUGAGUAAUUGAAAUGUUUUGACUGUUUAACAACAUGGCGGCUCUUGUAAAUUUAUUUCGGGUUGUUGUCGUUGUUUGGAACAUAUUGUUUCUGAUCACAGGGAUUAUUUUAUUCGGCGUUGGACUAUUUUUACGGUUUGGAGAGGCUGUAAUUGAGUCGUCAUUGGACGGUGUGAAAUCCUCUCUCGAGAAGACACUGUCGGAUUCUGGGUUUGGAGACGUUAAUAUUGAUGUUGAUUGGUCAUCUAUCUUCUUUGAAAUAGCAUUGUCGUUCAUAUUCAUAGGACUGGCAAUUGUUGCCAUCACUAUUUUUGGAUGUUGCGGUGCUUGCUACAAGAUAAAGUGUUUUCUCAUUUCCUAUACCGUGAUUUGCACCAUCUUGUGGGUAGGUCAGACGGUGAUUGUUGGUAUGAUCUACGGCUCCCCAGAUACAAUACAAGAACCUUUCAAGAUAAAGCUAAAGGAUGGUAUUCAGUCGCAAUAUGCAGGUCUGAAUGGAACAAACCUGGUUUCUCAAGGCUGGAAUGUUGUCAUGCAAAAGAUGAAAUGUUGCGGUGUUGACAGUUAUGCGGAUUUUAAGGGAGCAUCCAACUGGAUCAUCGACUACACAUCUAAUACUCCUUCAAUAAACCUGACCACACCAUUAGCUUGUUGUAAAACACUGCCAUCCAGUGAAGACUUCACGUGUGCCGGAAGCAACGCCUCUGAUUCGGACAACUACUUAGACAAAGGUUGUUUUGACAAAAUUUGGAGCAUGAUAUUUGGAGAUUUAACAGCCAUUCUUCUGGGAGCUCUUGGUACACUACAGUUGCUACUGAUUGUCUUCGCUAUUGUUAUAUUAUGUUCAGACCAGGAAACUAAAGAGAAUAAAGUAGCACCGGGCGAUGUAACUGAUACAGGAGAUAAAAGGUCAGAAAUUAAGAGACCUGAAUUGAUGUUUCGCGAGACGGCAUGGAGAAAAUUCUAAAGGUGUAUUAAAAUGUAAAGUAUGAGAGUGCAACAUUUAAAACGUGGACUCCUGUGGAGAGUUUGUCUUUUUAGACAAUGAUCAUCAAUCAAAUAUCUUAAAAUGAGCAAAUGAGAUGCCCAGUUUCUCUAUGUUUCGGACAUGAUUGUUUUCUUGUUGUUGCUGCUGCUGUUUUCUAAAUAUAGUUACUUGAUUUAAAUGUCAAUGUGUUAUUUUCUCAAAAAUGUUUUAUUUUCUGUUUUUGUAAAAACAUAGGUUUUUAUUACAUAUUUUAAUAUAUACAGGACAUUGCUGUGCAAAUGUUAUUGAUGUAUUUUACUUCAAAAAAUAAGAAGGGAAACGGAUGGACACAUUUAAUCAUGUAAAGAAUAGAACAGAAUGUAUCUUUGCUUGGCGGCGGUUUUGUUGUUGUUGUGUUGUUGUUGUUUUUUGUUGUGGUGUUGUUGUUGUUAUUGUUGUUGUUGCUUAUAAAUUGUAUUUUACGUAGUUUCAAAUAACACUGGAUAAUGUUUUCUAUGAUUUUAAACAAUAAAAUUUUGUUUAACAAAUAAACUGUUCAGAAGGAACCAGGAAUGCCCUAACAGUUAAUAAUUCAAUAAUUUCCUACCAUCUUUUCUUACACUUUCAUAUCUUCUACAAUGCAUGUUAAUAUCAUUUUAGUAAUAUGCCUGUUUAUUAUUAGAAUUCCAUAUGCUUUUGUUGUAUCUAUUUAUACGGGAAAAAAAGAUGUGUACAAGGGUAAUAAUGAACCAAAUGGCCAUUGAUAUGAAGCACUUGGCCCUUACAGCUCUAGUGGAAUCCCAAACGCGCCUGAAAUAAUGCCUUAAGUAAUUCCUGAGAUAAUGCACUGAGACGUCUGAUUAUUCCACAUACAUGUAUAUAGCGGUUUUCCUGAGUAAUACUAAAAAUGUGGCUCCGUACAGGGUAAGGAAAAAUCUUUUCUUCAUAUCUUUAUAAAAAAAUUUUGGUGUAAAAUAAAGAGAUAAUUAUACAUUGUGUUAUUGUUUCUAUUGGACUCGUACACAGCUGCAAAUCCUAUAUAAGGUUCGGAUAGCGCCUCAUUCCAAUAU